GUCCCGCUUCUGCAAUGGUAUUAAUGAGGAAAUAAGGGAAGGGCUAGAGGCUGCCAGAUGUGCAGAUCCUCAAACGGCAGCAGGUGAGGUGGACGGGGUUAAUCUGGAGGAGAUCCGAGAAUUUGCCAAAGCUUUUAAAAUACGACGCCUGUCCCUUGGCCUGACACAGACUCAGGUGGGGCAAGCCCUCAGUGCCACAGAGGGCCCCGCCUACAGCCAGUCGGCCAUCUGCAGGUUUGAAAAGCUGGACAUCACCCCUAAAAGUGCCCAGAAGAUCAAGCCGGUGCUUGAGCGGUGGAUGGCUGAGGCUGAGGCCCGCCAUCGGGCAGGUAUGCAGAACCUCACGGAGUUCAUUGGGAGUGAGCCAUCCAAAAAGCGCAAGCGGCGCACCUCCUUCACACCCCAGGCCCUUGAGGUCCUCAAUGCCCACUUUGAGAAGAACACACACCCCUCAGGGCAGGAAAUGACCGAGAUUGCUGAGAAGCUAAACUAUGACCGGGAAGUAGUUAGAGUUUGGUUCUGCAAUAAGAGACAAGCUCUGAAGAACACAAUUAAGCGUUUAAAACAGCACGAGCCCACCUCUGCGGUCCCCCUGGAGCCCUUAGCAGACUCUCCAGAAGAAAACUGCUAGGCACACCCGCUCACGGUUAGAAGGAAGCACCACAGAAACUAACCACUACCGUGAGUCUCCACAAGAAAGAAGGAAAGGAGGAAAAGAAGAAAAGAGGAUUUAAAGACACCCCCAGUCAUCAUCUCCCUUGUAUGUAAAAGACUGAAAAACAAAACUA